AUGAAUAAUAAAAUUGUUGCAAUGAUUGUUGGAGAUAUUAAUUUUUUACGUACUUAUUUUGAAGAAGAACAUAUAACAUCUGAUUCACAAUUAAAUAGAAGAGAACGAUCGAUGAUUGAAACAAUACCAACAAUAAUUGAUAUAAUUACGAAAGCACAUGUUCAUCCUGAAGUACAAAAACGUUAUACGUAUAUUCAAGCUAAACAACUGAAAAUUAACAUUUUACCUAUUGUACGUAGUUUAAAUAUUUCUGAUGACAUUAUUCUAUUGCAUAUUCCAAGUGGACAUGAACAAAUCAAAAAUUUUUUCGAGGUCAAUGAAACAGAUAACAGUGGGCCAUCAAUAUAUUCGUAUCGUCUUCAUCAUCAACAACACUAUCAUCGUCGUCCAACAUAG